AUGAAACACAAAUACUACGGAACUGUGGAAAUUUUUGGUAGGCCAAUAUGUGAUGAUUUCUGGACAAACCAAAACGCUCAAAUUGUCUGCAGAGCGCUAAACUUUUCUUCAGGAACACUUGCAAUAGGAUGGAAAAAUGAACUAUUUUCAAACGAUUUUUUUAUGGAUAACGUUAAUUGUACAGGCGGAGAAUCUAGUCUUAAAAAUUGCAACCAUAAAACAUACCACAAUUGUGGCCCAACAAAUGGGGCAACCGUAAUUUGCUUAGCACCAAAGUUACUAAAGUUAACACCGUUUGACUUAGAAAAUAGUAAAAAUGAGGGGAUUGUAUUUUUUGAUCACAUUCCAAUAUGCGCCGAUGGAUCUUUAUCAAACGUGCUCUUGAAAUCAAAUACCGCUUUAUUAUUCUUAAGAAACAAACGAGCAAAUCCUUCAGAUCAAAUAAGAAAAGAGUGCUGCGGUAAAGCAAAAUGUAGGUAUGAAGAGAGGGAGGAAAUUGCUGAAAAUGUUGGUUGGGAUAGAGUUAAUGCUGCAAUGUGUGAAGUUUCAAUUAGGGAGAAUCAAGUGUGCACAUGCAAACCUAAAAGUGGAAGUAUUACUUUUGAGUGCGGCGAUGAUUUAAGGAACUGUCUAAACCCAUGUAAAGAAUUUCAAUGCAAUAACGGAAGAACAUGUGCAAAACAUUCCUAUACAUGUGACUCUAAUAAUGAUUGUGGAAAUUGGCGAGAUGAAAUUGGUUGUAAAACAAAGUACUCAGAGGAUCAAAUCAAAAACAACUUAAGACUAAAAUAUGCAAACCAAUAUAACAAUUUUUACGGAUCUGUGGAAAUAUAUAAUCGGCCAAUAUGUGACGAUUCCUGGACAAAUCAAAACGCACAAGUUGUCUGCAGAACACUAAAUUUUCCUCCUGGAACACUUGCAAUAGGAUGGGGAAAUGAACAAGUCUCCACAAAUUUUUUAAUGGAUGACGUUAUUUGUAGUGGUGAAGAAUCCAGUCUUAAACAUUGCAACCAUAAAACAUACCACAAUUGUGGCCCAACAGAGGGGGCAGCCGUUGUUUGCUUGGCACCAAAUUUACUAAAGUUAACGCCAUUUAACUCUGCAAGUGGUAAAAAUGAGGGGAUAGUCUUAUUUAAUGACAUUCCAAUAUGCGCCAAUGGAUGGAACUUUCAAGCAGCUCAAGUGGUUUGUAACCAUCUCUAUGGGGCAGAAUUUAAAAUUCCUGUCCCUGUUUACGACUACCAAACAAAUGCUGGGCAGAAAUCAGCUAUUUUUUAUUUGACAUCAAUUGUUUGUGACGGAACAGAAAGUUUGUUGGCACAGUGUCAAACAAAAAUUUCCAAAUCAUGCUCAACACACGUUGCAAGUGUUCAGUGCGCUCGAUGUUCACCGUUUAAACUAAUGGAUAUAGUAAAAAAAAUAAAAGUUGACGGCUCAAUUGUUGAAGUUUACCAAUCAGUGGAAGCUGCAAUUAGUGAACUCAAUGCUGAGUGCCGAAGUUGGAAUUGCAGUAUUCUAAAUCCAGUUUAUUCAGAUUUUUGUACAGUUCGAGCAUUUUUGAACGAAAUUAAGGAUUUUACGAAAUCGGGAAUGAAAAAUAACAUUAUUCUGUACACUGACAUUAACCACUUUGGGCUUCUUAGCUAUAAGUUCCUCAAAGGUAAUUUUGAAAAAAUCCGAAAUGAUAUUGAUUCUUUAGGUCAAACUCUAUCAACUGAGUUAGGAGAAUACUUCACAAGGUUAGCUCAAUUUGAUGAGCAAACUGCUAAGUCACAUAAAGAAAAUGCUUUAAAUAUUUUGUCCGAAUCAAAAUCUCGAUGUGAAAGUGAGUCUAUAAAACUUUCAAAUCAAUUGAGUUUUAUAAUAACAUACGCAUUAGGUGUUGUAGCAUCUGACAUUGUGUCUAAAACUGCAGUUCUUGCUCUACGUAUUGUGGGAGCCCUUAACCCUAUAAAAUGGUUAACUGGAAGUGAAACAUCGGCAGUUGACAUAAAAGAAGCUCUGAGUGAGGUGGCAAAACAAGCAGUACGAAAUAAACAAGUUAAGUACUUUAAAUCAAACUUUAUUCCAAAAUUAGAUAAUCUUAUGAAACAAAUAUUUGUUAAAGUAAAUAAAAAUAAGGAGACAUUAGAUACCAUUAAGCAUUUUGUUGAAACAAUUGAAAAAAAUGGAGAGUUUAAAAAAGAGCAGCUUGUUAAGUUUUCUGAACAUGCAGAUAAAUAUUCGCCAGCAAUUACUCAAAGUGAUAUUAGUGAAUUUGGCGCUAUUUUAAGUCAAAUGAUUGAAAAGUUUUGUGAAGUAAUUGAAAACCCUGAUACUGAACUAGGAACCGUUCCAGCUGGUAUUGCGGCGCAUCAAGGAUUAUGUCCCAACGCUAAGGUGACUGCUCCAGUGUUAAUUUCCCUGUAUCAAGAAGUAGCAACGCAAGAAGUAACAAUAUUGGACAACUUUUCUAAAUUUGUUAGAGCUACGAUUGCUAAAGAUGCAGCAAACAAACUUUCAACUUCAAUGAAAAGUUCGUCUAGUAAUCAGCUUUAUAAACUCCUUAAUAAAUAUGAAGCUCUUUAUCUUAUUCGGUAUCAUAAAAUUAUAAUUAUUAAAAAUGCAUGUAACUACUUGACAUACAUGAAUUAUGGCGUCGAAAAGCCAGUGUGCACAGAUUUACUUGAAAAUCCGAGUGGUGAUCCAGGAAUUUUGAUAAAUACUGUUCCAACUGCUAUGUGUCAAUGUCGAAACUGUUUUACCAAAAAAGGUGAUUUUUUGAUCCCAGCAACCAUGACUGGUGAAAACGAUACCAUUGAUCUUUCAACUUUAUAUGAUGCAGAUGCAAAGUUUACAAAAGGAUAUGCAUAUUUAAAUAUUCCAAAUAAAGAUUGGCUUGUGGAAAACGAAUGGAUUUCUGAAUAUGAGCAAGGUCCAUUCUUUUUAAAGAGGUUAAACAUACAUCUUCCUUCAGCUCUCAAUUUUUCUCACAAAGUUAAUAUAAAACUAACUUUAUUAAACAAUCAAUUACAAGGAAAAUCUUAUAUGUUUGAAGGUGGUGUUAUAGUAAAAAACCAGUACAUAGAAAAUCAGUCAAAAUGUUCUCAAUACAAUCCAUACACAACUGAAUCUUGUAACAAAAACGCAGGGACUUUUUGUUUGAAUGUAGAUGGUGUUAUAAAUGGUGAGUUACUUCCUCGAUUGGAUGGUUCAAAAUGGCGCGUUGAACUUCGUUCAAAUCAAAUUUUGCCUAAAGUUUAUUCUGAAACGAAGUUGUUUCUUCAAGCAACAGCGGAGUUUUGCUAUCAAACCAAAUUGCAGAGCAAACCAAAAUAUAGUCUUGAUAAAAAUGUUGCAUUUUACCGAAAUAUCCAAGAUUGUUGCAGUGAUAAUGGAAUGUUUGUAGAUCAAAUACUAUUAAAAAAAUCUCCGCACUCAAGCCCUUGCCAAGAUUGUCCUCUAGGAUCUACACCACGACUAAGUGGUUAUUUUUGCGAAAAAUGUCCAGCUGGUUAUGAACCUAAUAUUUUGUUUUACUUUGGUUGUACUCCAUGCCCUAAAAACAAAUUCAAAGCUUUCGCUGGGCAGCACGCUUGUGAAAGCUGUUUAGAUGGAAAAACAUCUUUAGAGGGUGCUCUCUACUGCUACUGAAAGGAUCGUUAUAUAUUUUUUGA